GCAGAGUAAUGAUAAGAUAAGGCGAGUAAAGGGGUCAAUAAGAACGUAUAUAUGGGAUUUAAGGAGAGUGAAAGUGUUCUUGAUGAGUCAUUUAGUGAAGAAACGGUGAAUAAGUUCGGUAUAUGUAAUGGUUGUGAAGAACGAUAUCAAUCGGGGAAAUAUUAUGAGGAGAUGGUUGAGAGGGAAGUGAAUGAAGAUUUGAAGCCUAUUUUUAUGGAUAAUGUAAAAUUUGUUGGAAAAAAUAAGUCUAAUUAUGAAACGGUAUCAGCGAUUUCUAUUAAUGUAUCAGAUGCACAAAAUAAAUUGGAAAGACGGAAUAAAUAUGGGAAAGAAUCGGGAAAGAAUGUAUGUGAACGGGAGGGGGUAAACGAGGAGAGUGAAAUAAAUAUAGUUAAAUCGAAAGUAUUUGAUAACAAAAUAUCGGAAGUGAUUGGAGUUGAAAAUAAAACAAUAUCAUUGGAUGGAUGUUCAGUGGAUAAUACUAUAUGCCUAGGAUUAGGAUCUAAAAAUGUGACACGAGUUAGUUUGGAUGUUCGUCAGAAUAGUGUAGUUCAAGAACCAAUAAAAUGGAUUGAAACGAUAUGGCAAAAACGAACAUCGAAACAUAAACGAAAGCAAAAUGAAGAAAACCAAAGGUUUUUCAUUGGGACUAGAAUUGGGGAGGAUCAUGUUAAUUAUGUAACUGCUUAUAAUAUGUUAACAGGGAUUAGAGUUGGGGUUUCUCGAUGUACAGCAAAGGUUGAUCGUGAUCUUACAAGCACGGAUUUCGUUGAUUCAUAUAAAUUUUCAUUUGAUAUAACGGGUAAUGAAUUAACACCUUCUGCAAAAUAUGAUUUCAAAUUUAAAGAUUAUUCUCCAUGGGUUUUUCGUCAUUUAAGAGCUUUGUUUCGUCUUGAUCCUGCUGAUUAUUUAAUGUCACUUACGAGCAAAUAUAUUCUUUCUGAAUUAGGAUCUCCUGGGAAAAGUGGAAGUUUUUUUUAUUUCUCUCGUGAUUAUCGUUAUAUAAUUAAAACAAUUCAUCAUUCUGAACAUAAGUUUUUGCGUAAAAUUUUAAAACAGUAUUAUGAGCAUGUAAAGAAGAAUCCUAAUACCUUGAUUUCUCAAUUUUAUGGUCUACAUAGAGUAAAAAUGCCUUAUGGGCAUAAGAUUCAUUUCGUUAUAAUGAAUAAUUUGUUUCCUCCUCAUCGUGAUAUUCAUAAGACAUUUGAUUUGAAAGGAUCUACAGUGGGAAGGGAUUAUAAAGAAGAUGAUUUGGAAAAGAACCCCAGGGCAACUAUGAAAGAUUUGAAUUGGAUUAGAAGAAAAAUGCAUUUAUCACUGGGUCCAGAGAAACGAGAUAUAUUUCUAGCUCAAGUAAAAGCAGACGUAGAACUAUUAGCAUCAUUAAACAUUAUGGAUUAUAGUCUUCUUGUUGGCAUACAUGAUUUGUCUUUAGGAAAUAAAGAGCAUAUUCGAGGCAAUAUUCUAUCUGUCUUUAACCCUGAUUCAGAACAAAUACAUAACUCUUUGAAACAGGGACAGUCCAUUUCUAGUGCUAAUGAGCUUAGAAAAAUUGUUUCAACCAUUGGACCUGUUUCUCUUAAUUCUACUUCGAAUGAAUUAUCAGAUCCUGAUUUUACACGCAAAGAUUUCAUAUUUUAUAGUGAUGAUGGUGGUUUUCGUGCUACUCAAGAAGAUAAUCUUCCUGGUGAUUCAAUUUACUAUAUUGGUAUAAUUGAUCUUUUAACAAAAUACAAUAUAAUCAAAAAAGUUGAGCAUUUUUGGAAAGGACUUUCUCAUUCAAAGGCGCAAGUAUCAGCUAUACCUCCAUCUGGAUAUGCUUCACGGUUUUUUAAAUUUAUAACAUCUAUUACCAAAACUCAUCAAUCUGUUGAAAUCUAAAUGGACUAGUUCUAGUAUUAUAAUAGGAAGAAGUUUUAUAUUGUAA